UCGAUCAGGGCAAUCCACGCACCGCCGCGUAGUCUUUUCCCCUUCCUCCAGCGCCGACGCUCACUCGCUCAGCGGCGCUCAGGCUCGGGCCCUCAGCGACGGAGGGGCAGUCCCAGGCUCGGCGGCGGCGUCAGCGGCUCCCCCUCCUGCCUCUCGCCAGUCGCCUCACGCCCUCGCCUUCGUCCUCCGCGCACCGGCCGGCGACCCUGCGUACGCACCUCCCUCUCCCCUCCCGCCUCUGCUGUACCGUGGGAGCCCGGCCAGCUGCCCAGGGUGGCCGGGCCUUGGCUCCGCCGGUGAGUAGAGGCAGAUCCGUAUGUCGAUACUCCUCUCACCCGCCUGUUCAUCAUUACGCCUACACCAAAUCCGUUAUGGCGCUCACCGGAGGAUUGCGGCUGCCAUGACCAUCACGAUGCGGGACCGUGGCAAGAACCGGAAGCCCACACAGCGUGGGCGGUACCUCAGCACAGAGGCCAUCCAGGCCGUCCAGUCCCUCAAGCGCGCCGCACGGCGCAGUGCCCCCUCUGCAUCCACUGCUGCCACGGUGGAGCCCAAGCUGCGACGCCUCCUCAAGACAGACAUGGUCGCUGUCUUCCGCGAGCUUGCCGCGCAGGGUGAGGCGCUCUUGGCCUUCCAGGUCUUUGAGGAAAUUCGGAAGGAGCAUUGGUACAAACCUAGGUUGCUUUGGUAUGUAGAUCUUGUUACAGUGCUUGCAAGCAAAGGUUUGCGGAUUGAGGUCGACAGAGCCUGUUCAUAUCUGAAGAAGGAACAGUUAGAACCUGAUACAGAAGGUUUCAAUCUGCUUCUGAAGGAACUCCUAGAUGCUGGGUUCACACAAUUAACAAUGGACUGUUUCCGUCUAAUGAAAUUGUGGGACAGUGAUCCUGACAGGAUAACAUAUACAACAUUGAUCAAAGGUCUUGAAUCCCUAGGAAAGAUGGAGCUAUCUGCUGGUAUUCGGUUGGAGGCAGAAAAUGAUUACGGUUCCUUGGACUUCCUCGAUGAAGUGGAGAUCGAUGAGGCUUGCAGAAGUAGUUCUUAACAGGAUGCUUCAGUCUUGCUCUUUGAUCCAACCAGCAGGAGUAUCUCUUUCUGAAGUUUAGAAUGAGACUAUACAGAAUCUUGGUAAAUCAUUCAUUCCUAGAUAUACGCAAUUUUAGAAAUUAGAAAAGCAGAACUUGUUGCAGACUACUAAUGUCUAGCUGUUAGUUAUGUAUCCAAAAAUCUUGAAGGGCUACCUGCAGUUUUGAUUGUACAUACUUAGCUUGAUUUUUGUUCGAGAAGUCACCUGUGUGGCUGUCUAAUCAUACUGUUAUUCCCUGAAAUAUAGUGAUAUUACUGUUUUCUCUUCGCAAAA